CUCUUUCCUUCUCAUCGCCAUCAUGGCUCGGGGUCCAAAGAAGCAUUUAAAGCGCUUAAAUGCACCGCAUCAUUGGAUGCUUGAUAAAUUGUCUGGUAAAUUUUACAAGCUUGGUCAAGUGCGACGCGUGGCCACUGGCGCCAAGGGUGUUCCCUACCUUGUUACCCAUGAUGGUCGUACCAUCCGUUAUCCUGACCCUCUUAUCUCUCUGCACGACACUGUGGUAAUUGAAAUCAAGAGUGGUAAGAUCAUUGACUUUAUCAAGUUUGACACUGGAAAUCUCGCUAUGGUUGUUGGAGGACGCAACAUGGGCCGAGUUGGAAUUGUUACUCAUCGUGAGAGACAUGCAGGUUCAUUUGACAUUGUCCACGUGAAAGACAACACUGGCCAUCAGUUUGCCACGCGUAUCAGUAACAUCUUCAUCAUUGGCAAGACCAACAAGCCACAUGUGUCCCUGCCCAAGGGCAAGGGUGUCAGGCUUACUAUUGCUGAGGAGCGAGACAGAAGACUGCAGGAGAAGGCCAAAAUGAGCUCCAUGUAAAUUGUUACAGAAGGACCACAAAUAAAAGUUCUACCAUUACAACAUCUUA